UGCGCGAAAGUCGUGGUUUCGUCUGAUCCCAUAUGCGCCCUGCACUGCACACGCUAUUUCUGAUGCUAUCUCCUUAUCGCGUACUCCCGACAGUCUGUUUACAUCACCGCGACAAAUGUGAACGUUCAGACGAACCGAUCAUGUUACGAGCAUGCAAUCGCGAGUAGUGCGCCAAGACGGAACGGCGACUUGACUUGUGACAAGCGUCAUGGCUGACGAAAUCGGUCUGGAGGCUCAAGAGGAUGUCCAGUCUCCUCCUCAAGGUGUUCAAGUGCCGCACCGCCUUGGGAGGCCGCUGCAGAAAAUUUUGGGAGAUGCCGGCUUGUAUUCCUACUGUGCCAUCUGCGCCCUUUCGCUUCACGACCUUUUCCCGGAUGAAUGGGACCGAGAAUUUUGCGAAAAAUGUCUUCUGCAGCUGAUACAGCACCUCGGCCUGCCUUCGCAGGUGCAAUCUGUGAUGCAGGCUCUGAUGAUGGGCGAGGGAGGUGAGGCUGAACCAUUCAUACACGUUCUCAAGGACGAACCGGGCCUCAAUGGAAAUUGUUUGCGGAUUGUCGAAGACCUCAUCCUAUUCGCAGUUCAAGGAGGCAUCUACGAUGCUCGAACACGUGUGUUCAUCUUUUAUGUUGCCUGGAGGCUCAGGGUGUCCCAGUCACUUGUCGAGAUGUACGAAGAGUCGGUUGUCGAAAUGCUGUCUCAGGAAGUCCACGAACAGUCAGAAGAGGAACGAAAGGAAAUCGCCAAACGUCAGCGCAACAAGAAGCUCAAGCGCUUUCUUAUGAUUGGUCUUGCCACUGUUGGAGGAGGUGCUGUCAUUGGCCUGACAGGGGGUCUAGCAGCACCACUGGUAGCUGCUGGUGCCGGGGCUAUCAUAGGGGGCGCUGGGGCAGCUGCCUUGGGUUCUGCCACCGGCAUUGCAGUCAUAGGUUCACUCAUUGGGAUUGCCGGAGCUGGACUCACAGGAUACAAGAUGAAGAAGAGAGUUGGCGAAAUUGAGGAGUUUGCUUUCGACACGCUGACUGAGGGCAAGGGGCUGCACAUCACAUUGGCCAUUUCAGGAUGGCUGUCUGACGAAGAUCCAGGGGCUUUGAAGAGGCCGUGGCGAACGCUUAUGAACUCGCGUGAGCAGUAUGUGCUGCGAUACGAGUCGUCCUACCUGCUGGAGCUCGGUCACGCCAUCGACUACCUGUUCAGCUUCGCCGUUUCCAUGGCAGCCCAGGAAGCCCUCAAGUACACCAUUCUCUCAGGUCUGAUCACGGCCAUCACAUGGCCUGCCACCUUGGUCAUGGUGGCCGGGGUCAUCGACAACCCUUGGGGCGUGUGCAACAGGAGGUCUGCCGAAGUGGGCAGGCACCUGGCCGAGAUCCUCCUGGCACGACAACAGGGCAAGCGUCCUGUUACUCUAAUUGGCUUCAGCCUUGGUGCUCGCGUCAUAUUUUACUGCCUCAAGGAAAUGGCUAAGCGAAAAGGAUGCGAGGGAAUCGUAGAGGAUGCAGUCCUCCUCGGAGCCCCUGUUCCAGCUCACAAGGAAGAGUGGAAACCGAUGGCACGAGUAGUUGGGGGAAGGAUCAUCAACGGCUACUGCAGGGGAGACUGGCUGCUCAAGUUUCUUCACCGAACAUCGUCAGCAACGCUGAAGAUAGCUGGUCUACAAGCAAUUCGGUGGAAUGACAGACGAAUGUUCAACAUCGACUUGAGUGAUGUGGUGUCUGGGCACACCGAUUACGUGAAGAAGAUGGAUAUCAUUCUCAAGGCCGUUGGCAUCCAGACCUGUGACGACGUGCUGGAAGCUGACCCAAGCAUGCGCAAGUCGAAGUCUUACGCGCCAGACAGGGACGAGAAUCUGCGUGAUCCCCAGAUGCAUCGCUCGAGGUCCGACUCUGUGCUUUGCACCAAGAAGAGUGCGAUUGUGGCUUGCCCUUCAAGAGAAAAUCGUCACCUGUCGAUCACCGACCGGCCGCUGAGCUACUCGCUGGAGAGCGUCUUGAGUCGAAGCAGUUCGGCCUUUGGUGGCAGUAGCAACGCGACUGCCGACGGCCCCCGACAUUGGUCACCCCGCGAUUUCCUGCAGUCGACGCGCAACCUGUUGAAAACCCGUGCACCGGUUGCUACCACGGCCGUGAAGGAUGACGACACGACUAGUGGUGUAGUCUCCACAGCUGACAGCUGGGAGUGGUCGGCAUGGGAAGAUGAGGCACCCGCACUGGCCACAUCUCACAUGAAGCCUCAGGCCUGACUCCUCCCAUGAGCCACGCCUAGUACAGUGCCAUGGGGCGGGGGUAAUGUCUCUCCUUUUCGAGUCCUUCGCUUGUCAUGCGUGUAUGCUUGUGCAGAACAGUUUGUUUGUGGUUGGGGAAAGUCUAUUUGUGUUUCGGAAAGUUGACUUUCUAAGCAUUCAGCAAAAAGUAGUGUGCAUUCGGAUUGCGACAGACACAACGGGUAGUGUGUGAAUCUGGAGCCCCUCCAUCUUCCGAAACACGAUGGGGAUGGUCAAGUAGGCCUUGGAACCAAGUCGGCAGCUCGCGACAUCGAGGGGAGAGAACGAGCCAUUUCUUCAAAGUCUCCGCAUCCUUUACGUGCUUAUCCACACGACGUGAUCGGCUACUUCUGAAGCCGUUUCUUGUCUGUAUGGCUGAGGUUUGGAUGAUUGCAAUUGUACU